AAUGUAUCUGGAAUUUUGGACGUUAAAUUCGUAUCUAAUUUUAAUAUAUUUAAUUUAUUAUAAAUCUAUUUGUGCAUUUUCAGAUAUGGCUGGCCCUGCUCCAUACGAUUACUUCCUUCCCGGACCGCGGGAUGGAGGUUUAGUACUGCACAGACAGCAUGAUCACAGGUCCGACACGGUUUGGCAGCAUCCGGAGACUUCGGCUUUGGGCUCGCGCAGGAGUGCCUCAUUGACCCGAAUAGAGGAUAUUCAUCCGCGCAUUCGAGAUGGAGUAUUGCGGACAGCACUGGGACCCUUCAUUACUAUGCGGAAAUACACCGUAGACAUGACUCUGGUGACUGCAUUAGUUGAGCGGUGGAGGCCGGAGACCCACACUUUUAUGUUUCCUGAGGGGGAGUGCACAAUAACCCUUCAGGACAUAGCGAUCUUGACGGGACUCCCCAUAAAUAGGGCUGCUGUUACCGGAUCGACUAUCAGAGGUUGGAGCAGUGUUACUCGCCGACUGCUUGGAAGAGAUAUGGUAGGGAGUAGAAAUUGUCAGGGAUCCUUUGUUACCACUAGUUGGCUAGUCGAUGAGUUUGAUAGCUUCACACGGAUACCUGAUGCGGCUUCAGAUGAGCAGAUCGACUGGGCAGUUCGGGCGUACUUGUUGUUCCAUCUACACGCCUGGUGUUUUUCCGACACGAACAGCGGGCAGAUCGGACUGAGGAUUCUUCCACAUCUGGAGGACUUGACGGCAUUAGGGAGCAUUAGUUGGGGUUCAGCGGCGCUCGCACACCUUUACCGCGAGAUGUGCUUGUGUACUAUGGUUUCGCAGAAUAGGCGAAACAUCGGGGGGCUGCUUUGGAUUCUUCAGCUAUGGGCAUUCGAGCGCCUUAGACCAUUCAGGCCGAGGUUGAGAUACCCGGCCAUCACACCGCACUUACCGUUGGGUGACAGAUGGGCGGGUCCGCUAGAUUUUCGACGGGUUCUUCAUCGCAAUCUGGAUGCCAUGAGAUUAGCACUAGAUGUAUUACGUUACUCGGAUAUCGAUUGGCAACCAUACACCGAGGAUGUUAUCAGCCAGCUACAUCCUUAUUUUUUGGAUGGUGCUCAGUUCUGGCGUGCUCGCGUGCCACUGAUUUACUAUCAUAUUAUCGAGUGGCACCAGCCGGAUAGGGUGAUGGCGCAGUUUGGUUUGCUUCAGCCUAUACCUGAACCACCUUCCCAGCUCCACAUCCACCACACUGUCCAGUUUCGGGGGAGCUCAAGCUUCCAAAACACUUUUAGAGAGUAUGUCGCGAUUUGGGACUCCAGGGAACUGUAUGUGGUCCAAGGCCCGUUGCUGGACCAUCCGCCCCACUUCCAUUCAGAGUACAUGGAGUGGUACAGACGCAUCAGUAGGAGAUGGAUUACCCAUCACGGAGCAGAGACUGGAUCAGCUGUAUGUAAUCUACAUAAUUCUAAUUUAAAUUUUCUUUUAUUCAAUAUGCUAACUGACUUUCUAUUUUAA